CCAAGGACAAGGCCAUGCUUCGGUAAUCUGGGCGCAGCCAACUGAUUUUUCUUUCGUAACAUCUUGUUGACCCGUCGGUAUCGUUCUUUCACUGAGAGAUCUCGUCAUGACUUAUUUGUGUUGGGUUUUGAUUGGCUUUGCAUUGAUCUGCUUAAUCACCAACGUUUGCUCACAAGAGUGCAGCGACGAUUUUCAGUGUGAAAAAGGAGAAGUAUGCUGUAAAGACCAGUUUGACAAGGGAGUCUGUUUAGCAUCUAUACCUUGUCCUCAGAGGUGCAAAGAUGACUCCGAUUGUCCCUAUGGAAAGACAUGCUCCACUCACCUGAGUGACGGCAAGAGUUUAUGCUGGGAAACCACAGACGCCACAGACGCCUAUCAACCUGAGCCGUUUACCUCAACAGGGGUUGAUUUUCCCACCGAUAUUGAGCCCGUAACUUAUGAAUGGGAUGGUCCUUACCAUGAUACAGAUGAUACGGACACAGAGUCUUCGGGCAGUGGAGCACUCUAUGUGAUCAUAGUCUUCGCCGUUAUAGCGAAAUGUCUUCUUUGGUGUGGGUGCUGGAGGUUGAGAUACCAAAGAUCCUUUCAACAACGGAGGAUGGUGACGCUCAUUGUGGCUCAUCCGGAACAGACUGAAGCGCGUCCAAAUACAGCUUCACCAGGUGCUACUUCCGAAAAUGAAAUGCAACCAGGGAAUUAUUAUUCUAAUGCUGCGGUAGUCGAUGUGAGUGAUGUUGCUCCUCUUUUGCCAUUCGAUGCUCCGCCACCUUACAGCCCACCGACAUUUGAGAAAAGCAAAAAUGUCAAUGAAGAACCAGCCAACGUGGUCGAAAUGCAAACAGGAAGUUCCACUCCAAAUCCGCGCUGCUGGGCUCCCUUCAAAGAGGAAGAAGUGUCUCUUCUCCCAACUAUUGCUGGUACACAACCCGAAGGUGCAGAGGAGUUUAAGCAACACUGAGGAAUGAAGACAACCAGUAAGAAAAAACGGCCGACGAGUUAUGUCGAAGAAGUUUUCAUGAUGCACACCGGAUGUGAUAUGGUUCAAUGACUCUUUUUGAAACCAUGCAUUGAUAUCACUUUUGUGUUUUGUCCGAUUAUUGUAGCUCUUGUAUUAUUUAUCUUUAUUACGGUAUUCUCAACCCAUUAACAAAAUUUACGACAAUAAAUUCAAGUUAAUCUUUGCCAUAACUUGUGGAUUGUCCGAUCCUCGUGAUGUGGUAGUGCUCCUUGAGACCUACAAUAGAUCAACAUGUGUAGAAAGUUCAUAUCAGAAAUAAAACCAACG